CUUCAACCACUCUAUUGCAAGAACAUUUUACCACUACUAGAAGCUAAAAUCUAAAGCAAGAAUUCAGAUAAAAAAGUAAAGGUAGUGCUAUAUAGGGCCUUGAGCCGAUGUUUAAGCCCAUUAAUACAAAGCCCAAUAUAUUUAUCACUCUUAAAAGAAACAAAAUUCGAAGGACCAAUCGAGUAAAGCGAAAGAUGAGCCGCAAGAGAGAAAAACCCUACACAAACCGCCACACACCGUCGCGAAUUUCGAAACGCCGGCGACCUUGGGCUCCUCCUCCGUCAUUAGAAACCGACGAGAUCAUCGACAAACCGACCUCAAAACCUCCUCCUCCACCGGCUCUCCUCGUCACCGGACUUCCAUCCAACUGCUCAGUCCUGGAGCUAAAAUCUCGAUUCGAGAUCUACGGAUCAAUCUCCAGGAUCCGAAUCGACGAAGACGGAAUCGGAUCCGUCUCUUAUCGCACCGCCGAGUCGGCGGAAGCCGCCAUCGCCGGUAGUCACGAGCCUUCUUUCGGAAUCUCCAUCGAUUCCAAAAAGUUAGAGGUGGCUUGGGGGAGGGAUCCGUUGGUGACGUGGAAGGAAGGUGUGAAGGAUAAAACGUCGCCGUUGUCAUUGUCGUCGAAGCUUCUCCGAGGGGAGAUGUCGUUAAGGAAACAUGGGAGAAGGAAUAGGUUAGCGUCGACUAUUGUUAAUCCGAGAAGUAAUGAUACUGACGGUGACGGAAGUGUUUCAUCUCCGGCGAAGAGAAGGGAGGUUAUGGAUCGAGAUAUUGUAGCCUACGACGAUAUUCUUUAACAGGAUAAAAUGAUAGCAACUUUUUUUUUUCUUUUGUGAUUCUUUUCUUGCAAGAUGUGUAUGAUAUAUAUAUGUACGAAUUUUAGCGAAGUCUUUAAGGUUUGGUUCUUUUUCUAUCUAGAAACUCUACCAAAUAUCUGUGUUCCAUUUAAGAAUGUAAUCUAUCAAAUGAUACAUAGUAUUGUUUAUUUGUUGAUUAUAAUAAGAAAGGACUCAAAAUUG